UCAGAGAAGCAAGGGAGGGUCCGACAGCGGCUACACGGGACCCCCGCCCCCACAACACAACCAAAAACAACCCCAACACAAGCAUCUAUUUACCGGCAACACCAGACGAAGAGACCCAGCACUGAACCGAGAGAUCACACCGAACCAACCGGCCUCUACCUCGACACCAGCCCGCACACCCAGCGAGUCAUUGACGGAUCGGAAGUGGACCGAAGGAGACGGAAGGAGCUCGUGAAAAAUACACACACUCACCAAAAAAAAACAACCCCAACAACAACCGACCACAGCACACGGACGUCGCCGGUGCCCUUUCCUCUCGAUGCAUACCCUGUGUGCCCGGGGAACCAUGAAGCCGGAGAUCAACGCCGCCGUGGGCUUUCUGUCCCGGUUCCUAAGGGUGAAAGGACACGUAAACGACCGGCAGGUCCAGACCUUCAACCAGAGCCUGCACGACAUCCUGUCAGAGCAAUACAAGCACCACUGGUUCCCAGACAUGCCAUGCAAGGGUUCAGGUUACCGCUGCAUCCGCAUCAACCACAAGAUGGAUCCCUUGGUGGGGCAGGCGGCCCAGCGCAUCGGCCUGACCAUCCAGCAACUCUACUCGCUGCUGCCCACUGAGCUCACGCUCUGGGUGGACCCCUUCGAGGUGUCCUACCGCAUCGGUGAGGAUGGCUCCAUCUGCGUCCUGUACGAGUCGACGCCCGUAUUGCCGAGCAUUGCCACCAACUCGUCGGUGGGGCCCAUGGCGGACAGUCGCAUCAGCUGCAAGGAGGAACUGAUGGUGUUGGGCAGAACCAGUCCCUCCAAAGCCUACAGUAUGAUGACUGUGUCCAGUUAAAGAGGCGCACGGUCACCCCGGCCUACUUGUCUUCAGGGUCACGCCAUGCCUGGUCAGAUCACUUGACCAGACCAGGAUGAGCCUUUUUAAAGCUAAGAAUAUGAAAUGAAAUAGUGAAAGAAAAGAAAAAGAGUAAAAAAAAAAGCAGAGGAUGUGGCCUAUCGUCCAGGUGAUGGAAACCUUGUAGGUUUUGAUAUUUUUUCCCCAUCUCCCCCAUUGUCAUAUUUUUCUGUUGUGUCAUUGGAUCAGCUGGGAACUCCGUUUUUUUGUGGAAAUGGAACUGUUGGGGCAGCUAAAAUCAACCAUCCAAAACAGGAACCCCCACGGAGACUGGCAACCCCCCCUCGACUGUAAAAAACAUGGUAACCGGCUCCAUCUCAGAAGGGGCUGUCAUUGACUUUGCACUUUUCUUACUUGUGGUUACUAUGGGUACAUGUUCAACACGCCACUGCAAAACACCAAAACCUAAAUUGAAGGAGUUUUUACUAGGAACGAGCCCCCUCGAAUUUUAAAAUCCCGAGGUUUUUCAAUUGUUUUUUUCGUGUGUUUUGUAGGAAGUUGGGGUUCAGGCUGCAUCUUCUCACUUUCCGAGCUCGAGAUAAAGAAACGGCCAAAUAAGAGCAUCUCUAUUUUCUACAACAAAAAAAAACCUUUGGACCACAGGGAGUUUGUUUUCUUUAUCUUGUAGCUGGAAAGAGACGCUCAGUCUGUGCUCCUCCUUCAGCCGUCGUCACCAAGCUCCAGAAAACCUUCAUCUCAACCGUCUUUCUGCCUGUAUGUACGUGCACGUGGAAUGUGUUGGGACCCCUGUUACCUAUGGAUACCAGGGUGGCCUGUUGCACUGUCUCCCAUCGACCCCGUGUAUUUGUAGCUUUCUGGCGGGUGAGGGCCAUGGGGGCCGCAGUCUCCUCCCCCUCCAUUUAACGAAUGUUGUUGAAAUUCACAAUCAAGUUCCUGUGUUUUAAAAUAAAUUAAAUAAGUUUCUGACCACAUUGUCAUCUCCUGCAUCACCAAAACUUCAAAGUGUAGCAAACAAAGGGGGCGCUGUUUUUAACCCAAAUUUCGGUCAUGUGGCCCAGUUAGAAUUUGACAUUGAAUGCACUUUGACGUGAGAUUGUGUGGGAUGUGUACUUUUUAAAGAGAAAAUCGCCUGCAUUCCAUCCAUUCGAAUGUCAUGUUUUCACGCCGCUUUUAUCACCCUCCUCCUCACUUUUAGCCGUUUGUUCUUACUGUAGCUCCCAUGUCGGGAUAGACUUGAUGUCUAUAAAUCAGGAGUUCGCAACUCUGGAUUUAAAAAAAAAAUUGUUUUUUUUAACACUGUAUUUGUGUACAUUUCAGAGCUGUUGGUUUUUUUUAAAGGUGGAGAGUAUUUUUGGUGGUAUGUUAGAAACAUUCUCUCAUCCGUUCAUAUGGCACUGUUUGCUCUGGCAGGAUGCAGAGCUAAGCUGCCCCCCCCUCCUCUCGAACACACACAGAUGGUGAUUUGUGUUAGUCUGAAAGGUCUGAACUAAGUGAUGACUGUGUGAGACUUUGGCCAAAAGGAGGUCUGCAGCGCCGACUGUUCAGAGAUUAAUUUUGAUUUUUAAAAACAACACUGGGCCUUGUCAGCCUUCUACUUUAAUUUGCAUCAGGUAUUUCCGAGGGAGAGACUUCCUUUUGUGUGCAUUGCCUUAUGGGGACCUCAUUGUCAUGAAUUGUGAGCCAUUUGUUAUUUUAAACUAGAACAUCAGGUCUAUGUGAGCCAGCCUGGUGUGUUGCGCUGCCCGGACCCUCUCACUGCAGGCGUCCUCUUUCCAUUCCAGCAGCUUCAAAUUUACAACCCCUUCGCCCCUCUUGAUGUCGGGGGGGGGGGGGGGGGGGGGUGUUAGAGUGCCUCAAGUGCCACAUAUCACCCCUCAGCUCAGACCUCCUGUUCAGGCAAAAGCCAGCCAGCAUGCUGCUAGCUGACCCCCUGUGGACGCAGGUAGACUUAAUGUGACACAUAUCAUCAUCCAUUACUGUGGGGAGCUGGGUAAGGAGGGCAGGGCCGGGGAGCUGGUGUGCGAGAGGGGGGGCCCAGGGCCGGACAGUUUUUGUCCAGGGCAGCUAAAAUCCCUCCAGCCCCCUCUCUGGACUUUAUUGAGCAUCCAGCAUCCCCCACCCUGACCAGAAGCCCUCGGCCCUCCUUCUACAGUGAUGGAUGCAAACCAGCAUGCGCUGCACUAGGGGGGCUAGUGAGUGACGAGGAAACGUGGAUCAAAGAUGAAGUAUUGAGGGUACCGGGUCGUUGUUUUCUGUUUGCAUCUCAGCGGAUUGUGCUGCACUUGAUUACUGAGCUUGAGUAGCAACUGUUUACACACAUGUGAGGAUGUGAUGGCUGUCUGACGUAUCCCGACUUUGCUUCAGGUUCUGGGGAGGAGUGGUUCUAGCAGCGGGCCCCGAACAGCUGCGGGGGGGUGGCUACCGGUGCCGCUCGGCCCGAACCACUGGCCAAAUCUGUCGCGGCACGCUGGUUCACCGCUCGUCGUCAUACCUAUGGGUGUUUAAGCUCCCUAAGCCUGAGAGGAUCAUGGGUAAUAGAGCUAUAGCCUUUGACGCACUGCACCCGCCCCCCCCUCCCGCUCUUUGCUCAUGCUCCCUUCAGCAAUCUGUGAAAAGCAGGGGUUCCAUGUUGGCCAGAUGGAGAGGAGUCCACUGGGAAAAGAGCCCAGAGCUUUGGUUUCCAUGGUGAAGACCAGUUUUUAAAUCAUACCGCUCCAUUACAGCAUUUUUAUGUCAUGCGACAAGAUGUUUUUGAGAUUGGUCUAUACUCCGGACACGGGGAUGAUCUUCUCGUCUCACUUCUCUCUAGAUGUAUUUUAUGGUCACACUGAUGGAUUUUGUCAUCCUUCCACUCUGCCAUCCCCAUCUCCUCUUUAUCCUCUUUUAUUUAAGAGGAUUUUUAGUCUGGUGAUCUAACCUACUUUUAACCGACCUUGUCUUUAGAGCGGAACAUUUUUCACAAAGUUAAACCCCAAAUCCCCUUCCACACCUUCUCAACUGUACUACCAUCAUCCAAAAAGGGUUUUAAGUGCUCGGUAAUAUAAUUUCAAUGGCACCCGAUCAGCUUGUGCGCACAUAGGUUACAGAAUCGUCGUGAGAGUGCUUUGAGUAGUCAGAGGUAAAAUAGCACAUAAAAUGCACUAAAUAUGUCAAGUUGAAGUUGUGUGACAUUUUUUUUCUGAGACGCGAGAAGUCUCUACUGGAAUGUAUUGCCAAACUCAGGCCUCGGACAUUCAAUAAAUACCCUUAUGGAAAAGUUGUGCAUGUUAAGACAUGAAGCAGGAAGGGAACAGCAGUUUUGUUGUUGUCGUCAAUAUCGUCAUCGAUUUAGUUGAAUUAUUGCCACUUUCACAUUUACGGUGUUUUGCAUAUUGUAGAAUGUAUUGUAACUGUACAACAAAUGGUAGAGUACAUAACAUUACACAUGGGAAGUGCCAAUAAUUGCUAUCCUGAAGUGUUUUUAGGUGUUUUCCUUUUUUGUAUUUCAUCUUUUAACAUGGAUGAUGCUUUUUUUCCGUAAGUGAAGCCAUUUGUGAUGGGAGUGUUGGCAAGGACCAAAGUUGUUUUGGUAAAAAAUAUUAGUUUCCAUGAUCUGUAAGUGUAGACGUAUCCUUUGUUUUUUUUGUUGUUUUUCUCUGGAUUCUCUUUUCCUAUUUCAGUUAUUUCCUCUCUUUUUUUUUCUAUUUACGUACAAAACCAGAAAAUAGACAAAAAAAUCUGAGCUUACCCAAGAAGAAAAGCUGUCUAUCUUGUGAUCUCAUGUCAGUACAUCUUUAUUGUGUUCAGUUUUCUUUUCCUUGGGUAUGUUGUGAUGAACUGCUGUAAAUUUGUACAGUUCAUGUAAAUUGAUUGUGCGGAAGUUGUACAGAUUUCUAUAUUUUGGAAGAAAAAGUUUUUUUUUCUCUGUAAUAAAAGAUUUCCUAUCUUGGCAUCAUA